CCCCCCCACCCUUUUCCUUUUUACUUGUUUAUACUCCCUUUUCCUCUUUACUCGUUUUUUAUCUCCCGGAUCCCCUCCGCAUCCCUUUGAAACUUCACCAUUUUAGGGUCCUGAAACUCAUGAUUAUGCAGAAUCUUUCUGGGAUAGACGCAUCGUACCCGAUAAUGAAUUCUACGAUUCCGACGAGGGUGAAGCACAAGGCACCGUACAAAACUUAAGUAGUCGACAUUAUCAAAACUACGGUCGUGUUGAUUACGAAAAUUAUGACGGCGACGAAAGCGACGGCAACCGAAUGAAUGGUGGUGGAAGCAAAACAAACAGCAUUGAUCACACACGCGCUUCAUCGUCAAGUGUUGAAGAUCGAAUGGAAGGGGUGGAAAUGACCCAAGAAGAAGAACAGCAGAUUGAGGAGACUUUACUCGCCCAUAAAGUCAAGGAAGAACCCCACGAAAGUAGCAGUAAUAACAAUAACAAUAGCAAUAUUAAUGAUACGGCGCCUCAUGAUAGAGAGGAAAGACAAGAAGAAGCGUUAGGGGCAAAUGCAGACUCGGACACAAGCAUGAAAGAGGAAAUAGAGCCUGUAACAGCACAAGCACCACCAGCACCAGAAGUAACGAUAGCAGAAGCACCAGCAGAACAAACUACAGGGCAAUCUGAAAAAGAUCACGAAGCACCAGCACCGGGACCCGCAGAACAAACAAACGAGCAAUCAGAGAAAGAUCAAGAAGCACAAGCAUCCUCAUCAUCAAUAACGGCACAAGCAUCAGGAGAAGCGACGGGGGAAGGGAACACCCCCGCACAGACUUCCUCUCACAAAAAGAAUAAUGCUGGAACAGCUAUGGAAAGUGAAGAAGAGGGCGAGGUCAUUUCUUCCGGGAAAUCUGUUUCUCCUGGUCCAUCACGGCAGCAGCAGCAACAACCGCAAGAACAGGCGCAACAAAAACCUGAACGAGAGCCAGAUCAACAGGAGCAGCAACAGCAACCACAGGAACAACAACAAUCUGAGGCAGUUGCGGCUGCAGUUGCCUCAGCAGUAGCAUCCACGGUCAUUGCACCCCUUCAUCCCACGCCAACUUCUCCCAAAACGGACACAUCAUCCCAGGUUGUUCCAGAGGCACAGGAAGAAGAGGAAGCAGCAGCGCCCGUAGGAAAGAGCAGUGUUCUGGAAGACGGCGAGAUUGAGGAUUAGAAUUUUUUGCAUCUGGAAAAAAAUGGAAAAGAGGGCCCGAACACCUCAUUUCUCUGUCCCACACUCGCUUUGCCCUUAGGACUGAUGAAAUAGGGUGAAGAAAUAAAUAAUAAUAGUCAAAAUAAGCGUGAUGGUAUUGUUCUGCCCGCUGAGCGCUUCUCAUUAAGGUUAUCAACAGACAAUACUGCGCUUACCAGUUUUGUUUUUGCUGCAAGGGACUAUGAAGUCGUGCACACAGCUCGGAUUACUGUUUAACAAGGUUCAUGCACAUAUGAACUUAUUGAAUGCAGCGCACAUACUCACUACACCGACUUAGUAGAUCUGCAGCCUUAAUUAACCCACUUGUACAUCGUGAAGAAAAACGCCAAAUUUUUAAGGAAGAUGUAUGUAAUAUCU